AUGUUUUUGCCUCAUGUGCGUUUUUCUUAUGAUAGUGGUAGCUGUAAUUUUCCUCGUUCACAAAUAUCUUCCCAACUUAAUUUUCUCUUCCUUGCUGUACAUUCACUGUCUUCUUCAGCUUUUGAUCUACUCUUCCUUGCCAUACCUUCACCGUCUUCUUCAGCUCUUGAUCUUCUCCUCCUUGCUGUACCUUCACUGUCUUCUUCAGCUAUUGAUCUACUCUUUCUUGCUUUACCCUCACUGUCUUCUUCAGCUUUUCAUCUUCUCUUCCUUGCUGUACAUUCACUGUCUUCUUCAGCUCUUGAUCUUCACUUCCUUGCUAUACCUUCACUGUCUUCUUCAGCUCUUGAUCUUCUCUUCCUUGCUAUACCUUCAUUGUCUUCUUCAGCUUUUGAUCUACUCUUUCGUGCUUUACCCUCACUGUCUUCUUCAGCUUUUGAUCUACUCUUUCUUGCUUUACCCUCACUGUCUUCUUCAGCUUUUGAUCUUCUCUUCCUUGCUGUACAUUCACUGUCUUCUUCAGCUCUUGAUCUUCUCUUCCUUGCUAUACCUUCACUGUCUUCUUCAGCUCUUGAUCUUCUCCUCAUUGCUAUACCUUCAUUGUCUUCUUCAGCUCUUGAUCUUCUCUUCCUUGCUAUAUCUUCAUUGUCUUCUUCAGCUCUUGAUAUUCUCUUCCUUGCUGUACCUUCAUUGUCUUCUUCAGCUCUUGAUCUUCUCUUCUUUGCUGUACCUUCACUUUUUUUUUCAGCUCUUGAUCUUCUCUUCGUUGCUUUACCCUCACUGUCUUCUUCAGCUUUUGAUCUUCUCUUCCUUGCUAUACCUUUACUGUCUUCUUCAGCUCUUGAUCUUCUCUUCCUUGCUGUACAUUCACUGUCUUCUUCAGCUUUUGAUCUUCUCUUUCUUGCUUUACCCUCACUGUCUUCUUCAGCUUUUGAUCUUCUCUUUCUUGCUUUACCCUCACUGUCUUCUUCAGCUUUUCAUCUUCUCUUCCUUGCUAUACCUUUACCGUCUUCAUCAGCUCUUGAUCUUCUCUUCCUUGCUGUACCUUCACCGUCUUCUUCAGCUAUUGAUCUUCUCUUCCUUGCUGUACCUUCAUUGUCUUCUUCAGCUUUUGAUCUUCUCUUUCUUGCUUUACCCUCACUGUCUUCUUCAGCUUUUGAUCUUCUCCUCCUUGCUAUACCUUUACUCUCUUCUUCAGCUCUUGAUCUUCUCUUCCUUGCUGUACAUUCACUGUCUUCUUCAGCUUUUGAUCUACUCUUCCUUGCUGUACCUUCACCGUCUUCUUCAGCUAUUGAUCUUCUCCUCCUUGCUGUACCUUCAUUGUCUUCUUCAGCUCUUGAUCUUCUCUUCCUUGCUGUACCUUCAUUGUCUUCUUCAGCUCUUGAUCUUCUUAUUCUUCCUGUACUUCACUGUCUUCUUCAGCUCGUGACCUACUCUUCAUUGCAGUCUAUGCUUCUGUUCUUUUUCUUUUUUUUUCUUGAUCUUAUCUCAAUAAGCUUUUCCGUCACGCAUGGCUUGCACCUCUUCUGA